AUGACGCAGUCGAAUUCACCACGCAGAUUGAACACGGACAUGGUACAGUCCGAACAAACGGAAAGCACGGAACUUAAAUCGUCUGUUGUUACCAAACGAUCGAUUGGCAUACAACUUUCUGCAUCAUCAACACCACGAUUUCCGCGUUACAGAGGUAUAUUCUGGUCACAAGUGGCGAAUUCACCGCAGCUUACACCAAGAAACGGUGGGCACUCAUCGCUUUCAUCUAACACGGAUCACGAACUGGAAUACGACUACUAUGAGCCAGCAGUGCCAGGAUCGUUCCUUACUCCAGCCGCGGACAUCUGUUCCGAUAUCGAUAUUGAACAAAUCAUCGCUGGUUCGUAA